AUGCGGGGCGCCGCAAGGGACCGGAGCGCGUCACCAAGAGAGCAGCCGGCCUUCCAGCGCCAGACCCUGGUCCAGGCUCCUGCCGACCGGGAUCGACGCACUCGCCUGCCCACGGUCUGCGGCGGCGGCGGCCAGCAGGGCCAGGGCCGGGCAGCUGAGGAAUCGCCCGGGCCGGGGGCGGGAGGGGGAGGGCGACAUCGCUUCACGUCCAUCCGAGGCGGCAGUGGAAGCGGCUCUGGAGCCAGCGCCCCGCCCUCGCCGCCUCUCAUCCAGUGGCGUGGCAGGCCCGGAGGUCCCCUCUCCAGCAUCGCCAUCGCCGCCGCCUGCGACCCCCUGCGCGGUCUAGGCCGCACACCUGCGCUAGGCUGCGGAGGCGCCCAGCGCCCGGAGCCUCCGGUGAACCGUCAGACCCGGGGACCGAAUAGCUCAGACUCCAAUGCCACCUGGAAACUGAAGAGCACCAUCAGGGACCUAGAAGAGCGGCGGAUGAGAGAGAUUGAGGAACAUCAACUCGGAGUUGCGACACUGCUCAGUGUCCAUCAAGAAAAACUGGCUGACGUCGGGGACAGGCACCACAAACAACUCCUCGAGUAUGCAAAACGGAUAGAAGACCUGCAAGAUCAAUACUCUGCUGGUCAUGGGAAAGAUGACUUACUUCAAGAAAGGGAAACUGAGCUUAGAAGGUUGAAGCAACAACUUGCAGAAAUGGAGCGGCUGAAUGACAAUUUAAACAACGUUGCUUCUGAUCUCAGAGCAGAAAACCAAAAGUUGGUUUUGGCGCUCCAGGAUGUAAGACAUCAGCUGGAAGAAUCUAUUCGCCGGAACAAUGAGGAUUCUCUGGAAAACAACACUGCUGUGAGGGCUUUAAAAAGAGAAAAAGGACGGUUAAUAGCAAAAUUGUCUCGGGUGGAAAAGAAGCUGUUGGAGGAAAUGAACAAGUAUGAGCAAACUAUCAAAGAAUGGUCCCCUUUAGAGCAUGUGCAUUUCAUUCAACACAGUCAAGAGAAAGACCUGGAAAUAGUACACCUCAAAAAGAGGAUCGAGCAGAUGGACGCCGACCACAAAGGAACGAAGGAAAUGCUGUCCUCUGCUUUGGAGGAGCAGAAGCGAUUGACACAACUCAUUAAAGAGAAAGAGAUGUAUAUUGAAGAACGUACAGGAAGUCCAGAGCUUCAGGAGGAAUUCGGUCAGUCUACCCAAACCUUCAGAGGCAAUGACAUUUUCCAGCCAUCCGUGGAGGACAAAGACAGGUGUCUCCCAUCCGUGACAGACGAAAAUCAUCAUCUGAGAGAAGAACUGGAGAGCCCAAGACAACAGAGUCACUCUGUACCUGCGGUCGACCCUAAAAUCCUGGACAAGAUCAUAGAACUAGAGUGUGAGGUGUUUCAACUCCAGGAAUUAAAAGAUGAUCUGAGGGGGAAAUCAGAGAGCAACAGAAGAUCAUUCACAACCAGCAGCAGGGGAAGAUAG